CCUACCAUCCAUCCUCCUCUUUCAUCCCCCUCCCCUUCUCCCCUUCUUCUCUCGGUCAAUUCCAUACAUAAAUUGACGAGCUGAGCUCUACCUUUUCCUUCUUCCUCUCCUGCUCCUCCAAUCUACUUACUCUUAGCACUUUUGCCCCUUGCCCUUUACCUCCAGAGUUUCUGCUGAGUUUCUGGCAAUAUCGAGACGAAUUCAGAUCACUCUCCCUGCCACGCUCCACGUAUACCUACUCAACCAUCUACUACACACGCUCGUACGCACACAUCUCAUCUACAUCUACACAUACAUACUUCCUCUACUCUACAACAAUGUCGGGUCGGUCAGCACUUCGUAUUGCCAGAGCCACGGCUCCUUUUGUCUCCAGAGCUACUCAUGCUUUUGUACCUGUUUCAAGGGCAUUUCCCGCGGCUCAACGAGCAUUCACCCAGUCCUCAAUCCGAUCCAGGAAUGAUGUGGUACGCGAGACCGAGGUUCCAGUAUCGGUCUACUCGCCGGACUCUAAAGGCACUGCUGGCUCUACAAGCGACCACUUCAGCAUUCCCGUUAACCGCGAUGACGCCAAACCGAAGCCAUUCCCACCUCCCGAGGAUACUGAAGUUGUGCCGCUAAAUGACCAAGUCUACCGCCAAAUGCCACCGACUAUGCAGAAGAUGAGCAUUAUGAACAAGGUCGUCAUCGUCACUGGAGGAGCCAGGGGCCUAGGAAAUCACAUGGCCCGCGCUUGUGCUGAGGCCGGUGCCAAGGCUCUAGUGAUCUUCGAUGCAAACCAGGAGCUCGGUGAUGAGGCGGCCGCUGAAUUACAUCAAAAGACUCAACUUCCUGUAUCUUUCUUCAAGGUCGAUGUUCGCGACGGCGCUGCCAUCAACGCCGCAGUUGACUCUGUCGUCGAGACCUACGGCGCUCCUGACGUGCUAAUCAACAGUGCUGGUAUCGCCGACUCCAACAUCAAGGCCGAGGCGUACGACCCCGCCAUGUUCCGCCGCUUGAUCGACAUCAACCUAACGGGCUCAUUCCUCAUGAGCCAGUCGGUCGGACGUGCGAUGAUGGCAGCCGGCAAGCCCGGGUCUAUUGUGCUAGUUGCUAGCAUGAGCGGUAGCAUUGUCAAUUACCCGCAGGAACAGUCCUGCUAUAACGCGUCCAAGGCCGGUGUGAUCCAGUUUGGCAAAUCACUCGCUGCCGAGUGGGCCAAGUAUAAUAUCCGCGUCAACUGUAUCUCGCCCGGCUACAUGGACACGGCCUUGAACCGCGUACCUGCCCUCGAGGCUCAGAAGAAGAUAUGGCGAUCUCUCACGCCGCAGGCCCGCCUGGGCAACGUCGACGAUCUGAACGGUCUCUGUGUCUUCCUUGCGAGUGAUGCUAGCGGUUUCAUGACCGGUGCCAACGUUGCUAUCGAUGGUGGCUACACAUGCUACUAAGAUGUCUAACAUGGCCACACCCAUGCCAUGCGAUAAUAUAAUCAAAUUAUCGACGUGAUAAGGUGAUUAUCAUGAGGUUAUGCACAUACAGAUAUCGGGGCUAUACUCUUUAGCC